GUCGAUCCUUAAAACACACAACCAUGCAAGUAGCGGUGCGUGUUCACGUCGUGGCAGUCCCGAUGGAGAGGACAAAACAGGAAAAGCAAUGGGGGAGGCCUGCUUCGAUAAGGAUGAUCAAGGAAGACUUCCUGGAGGAGAGAUGUGAUAAUGGAUCAUCAUGUUUCCACCAUCAAACCUCGAAGAAUCCAGAACCAAAAUGUCAUUCACCGCUUGGAGAGGCGGCGGAUCAGCUCAGGCAAGGCAGGCACCCACUGGCAUCAGGUCCGAGUAUUCCACCAGAAUGUCUUCCCCAACUUCACAGUUGUCAAUGUCGAAAAGCCGCCCUGUUUCUUGCGUAAAUUCUCACCUGAUGGACGCUACUUUAUUGCUUUCUCUUCAGACCAGACGUCUCUUGAAAUCUAUGAGUACCAGGGCUGCCAGGCAGCUGAGGACUUACUGCAGGGCUAUGAGGGGGAAACCCUGUCCAAUGGCAAUGACCAGCGGUCAGUCAGCAUCCGCGGUCGGCUCUUCGAACGCUUCUUUGUCCUGCUACACAUUACCAACGUGGCUGCCAACGGGGAGCACCUGAACCGGGAGUGCAGCCUCUUCACUGACGACUGCCGGUGUGUCAUUGUGGGCUCUGCUGCCUACCUCCCGGAUGAGCCACACCCUCCGUUUUACGAGGUAUAUCGGAACAGCGAAUCUGUGACCCCUAACCCGCGGUCUCCUCUGGAGGACUAUUCCCUUCACAUCAUUGACCUUCACACUGGCCGCUUAUGUGACACCCGUACCUUCAAGUGUGACAAGGUGGUCCUGUCACACAACCAGGGGCUAUACCUGUACAAAAACAUCCUGGCCAUCUUGUCAGUGCAGCAGCAGACCAUCCAUGUCUUCCAGGUUACUCCGGAAGGCACUUUCAUUGAUGUGAGGACCAUUGGCCGUUUCUGCUAUGAGGACGACCUCCUCACUGUGUCAGCUGUGUUCCCUGAGGUGCAGCGGGACAGUCAGACAGGCAUGGCCAAUCCCUUCAGAGACCCCUUCAUCAAUUCCCUCAAACACCGGCUGCUCGUGUACUUGUGGCGCCGGGCAGAGCAGGAUGGUAGUGCGAUGGCCAAGAGGCGCUUCUUCCAGUAUUUUGACCAGCUGCGGCAGCUGCGCAUGUGGAAGAUGCAGCUUCUGGAUGAAAACCAUCUGUUCAUCAAAUACACUAGUGAAGACGUGGUAACCCUUCGAGUCACAGAUCCGUCACAGGCAUCUUUCUUUGUGGUGUACAAUAUGGUGACAACAGAGGUGAUUGCCGUGUUUGAGAAUACAUCAGAUGAGCUUCUAGAGCUCUUUGAGAACUUCUGUGACCUCUUCCGUAAUGCAACCCUACACAGUGAAGUCCAGUUUCCCUGCUCAGCUUCCAGCAACAAUUUUGCAAGGCAGAUCCAGCGCCGGUUUAAAGACACUAUUGUAAAUGCCAAGUAUGGAGGGCACACGGAGGCAGUACGCCGACUACUGGGUCAGCUCCCCAUCAGUGCCCAGUCUUACAGUGGUAGCCCCUACCUUGAUCUGUCUCUCUUCAGCUACGAUGACAAGUGGGUGUCUGUCAUGGAGCGACCUAAGACUUGUGGAGAUCACCCUAUCAGGUUCUAUGCCCGGGACUCUGGUCUGCUCAAGUUUGAGAUCCAGGCAGGCUUGCUUGGCCGCCCCAUCAACCACACAGUGCGACGCCUUGUUGCCUUCACCUUUCACCCUUUUGAGCCUUUCGCUAUUUCAGUGCAGAGGACUAAUGCUGAGUAUGUUGUCAACUUCCAUAUGCGACACUGCUGCACGUAGGUGCCUCACCAAAGUCCGGUUAUCUGGUCUUCCAAGACAUUCCCCCCUUCUCAUCUCAAGGGGACUCUGAAGCAAAAGCUCCUGACUACCAGCUUUGUUGGUUCCAGACUGUAAUACCUCAGAUGGGGAGAGUCGGAGAGAGGAGUGAGGGUGUCUCAGUCUAAUAGAAUCUUUAUCAUAUCCAACUACUACUGAUUGAUGGAAAGUCAUCUGGUCUUUACCUUGUGGGAAUGUCUAGCAUUAAUUAAGUCUGUUUAAUUUUUGUUUUAUAUUGCAUUUUAUUGCUAUGAAGAUGAGAGCAUUACCCCUUCCCCCUUGGCAUCUGUUCUUUGGCAUUAUGGUAUGCAGUCUGAAGCAGGGAUGUCUUGUUUACUCACAGGGACUGUGUACAUCCUUUCCACGUAGCCAACAACAGGGCUGUCUUUAUAAAAAAAGAAUAAUAAUAAAGCCUUGGUAUUUUCUUACUUAAAUA